AUGCGACGAGGUAUUGACGCCUAUCAGAAACCACCUCCGUCUGGAGGGUACUAUUACUCUCGUGUGGGAGCUGGUCCUCCCUCUAGUGCGCCGUCACCUUCGAGUUCACAUCGAUAUUCCUCACAGGCUCCGAUUCCUUAUCAAGAGAUGCAGAACAGUGCACGAAUGGGAUCUCGCAUUGAUGACGUCACGCCGUCGUACUACGUCGAGCAUCUGGCUACGUUCGCUGUUGGACGGCAAUUUGGCCUCACCUUCCCGGCCGAUGGCAUCCGGAAACUGAAGCAAAUGGAGAAAAACUCGGCGAUUUGGGCACAACCGUUGGUGUUGAGAUUCCGUCAGAACGGUGUCACUGUGGAAGAUGAGAAUGGAGAUCUUGUCGAGCAGUUCCCGUUGGAUCUAAUCGAGCAGCCAACUGCGCACGUGUCCAGUGAUCCGAGAGACACUUACAACAACAUAUUGUUGUUUAUUGUUCGAGAAGACACACGGAAUAAACGCUCGUCAACACCCACAGAGAUGCAUAUUUUCCAGUGUAAUCGAGUGGCAGCAACCGAAGUGGCAGAUGACCUACAAUGGUAUAUUCGUGGUCAGUUCAGGAAAGUACGACCUGGGCGACGAAGCAGUGGCCCUGCUCCAGUCCAUGUACCUCAAGAUUUUCUACAUUAUCCAGCAGAUGAAAUCUCACUACAUGGUGAUAAUGCAGAAUUGUUUGAGAGAGACGUGAAUACGCUCAAUCGCUGUUUCGAUGACAUAGAGAGGUUUGUGGCACGGAUUCAAUCGGCUGCCUUUGCACAAAGGGAACUUGAACAGCAGGCUCACCGCUACCGAACUGCGCAACGUAGAGACAAAAGGAGCGGUCCACCUCCACCUGAUCCGAAUGGGAUACUUCAAAUGCGGGCGCAGCUACCGAUUGAGCCCGAGUUCGUGGACAUAUUCAGGAAGUUCAAACUGAGCUUCAAUCUUCUGGCCAAACUCAAAAAUCACAUUCACGAGCCGAAUGCUCCUGAACUCUUGCACUUCCUCUUCACGCCAUUGACAGUCAUUUUGGAGGCCUGUCAUUGGGGACUUGGGCGAAAUAUCGCUCCUCAGAUCGUAUCGCCCCUGCUAUCUCUCGAAGCUCGCGAGUUGAUGCAAAAUUGCCUCACAAGUAAAGAAUCGGACGUUUGGAUGAGUCUGGGUGAAACGUGGAGGACACCUCCCGAGGAUUGGGUCGGGCCACUUCCGCCCCCGUAUAAGCCUGUAUUUGUGGACGGAUUCGCUCCGUACGGGCUCCCAGAGCAACAGCGACCGCCUCCGGCAGCCGCUUAUCCUGCUCCACUUCACCGUGGCGAAUCAGCUCCUCCAGUCAACUAUAGACAAUAUCCACGAGAUAGGAGUGUAGAUACUGCUCCUUCCACCCCCCUAAAUAGCAGAACCAAAUCACGUCCACAAAGGAAUAUGAGUGUCGACAAUCUUGAUUUGGAUCGUCUUUCAUUAGAAAGAGAACGGCUAGACUUCGAGAAGCAGAAAAUGUUGGAAAGAGAGCGACGUCUUCUGGAUGAGGAGAAAAUGAUCAAGGCUGAGCGUGCACGACUAGAAGCUGAGCGAAAAAUGAUAAAACAAGAAUCGGAUUCUAUGAAUAGCAGCCGCUCUAAGUCAAUAUAUGAGCCUCCACCAUCUUCUCAAGCGUCACCUAUGCCGCCCAGGGGUGGCCGCCCAGUAAUACUUCCCGAUUUGGGAGAUCAAUCACCCCGGCAAAGGGCUUUCGUACAAGAUGCUGUUGGAAGGGGAAGCAAAUUAGUGGUAGCCACAUUCGACAGAGUAGCUCAGAAUGCAAAAGAAUUGACUGUUAGUCGUGGAGAAUACCUCGAGGUCCUGGACGAUGCGAAAAAUUGGUGGGAAUGUCGUAACGUUCACCAACGGGUCGGCUACGUGCCUCAUACAAUUCUAUCUGUGGUUCCUUUGGAUCAAACUGAUAUUCGCGAAAAUUACACGGCGAUCCGUGAGAACCACUCCAUACCGAACGGUCACGUUCACGGGAACAGCCCAAAACAAGAGCGUCCGCAAUCAUCAGAAGCCGGUGUGCAAACGAACGUUCAUCUGACAUCCACCCAUCCAGCCUCAGUCUCUUCGGACUCAUCAUCAGUAAUACGCGAUUCCACAUCCAGCCCGGUCCUACAAUCAGUAAGCGCAGCACCGCAGAAUUACGCGCCCACUACGGAUGUGCCCAACUACGUGCCUCAUGAACCUGCUAAUACAGUGCAACCAAAACCCAGGAUCACUGUUGUGAAGAGGACUCCGGAAUCUCAAGCGUUGGUCACAGAAUUGCAAGAAACAGUUGGUAAAAGUGGCGGACAGGUAGUGCGUAGGAAAGCCGGUAAUACUGUAACAACAAAGCUCAACGCAAACUCUACUCCUGACGAAGUAUUGACAUGGUUGCAGGAGAAAGGUUUCAGUAUGAGAGUGAUUGAGUUGCUAGAUGGGCAGGAUGGUGCGAACCUGUUCGCUUUGAAUAAGGCCAGCCUAAUACAGGCUUGUGGUCGGGAGGAAGGAAGUCGUCUUUAUAGUCAACUUCUUGUCCAGAAAAAACAGAGUGACUAUCGAACAUAUUCAAACGCGGAGCUGAAGGCUAUUUUGAACUACCGCCGGAAUCAUGUUGAAGUGACUAACGAGGCACCGGACAACGAACCAAAGAUCGUACCCAUCUAA